AUGCCCGAGACAACAAAGGUAGUGCCCCUCACCUGCCAUGGUCACUCAAGACCUGUCCCCCACAUCCACUUCUCGUCUCUCUUGGACGAAGACCAAUACUACAUUAUAUCAGCAUGCAAGGACAAUAAUCCCAUGCUCCGAGAUGGUAUAACAGGUGACUGGAUUGGCACUUUUCUGGGCCACAAGGGCGCAGUCUGGCAAGCGCGACUGUCUUCAAACGCCUCGCUGGCAGCCACAGCUUCAGCAGAUUUCUCUGCGAAAGUCUGGGACACCCAUACUGGCGAAGCGCUACACACCCUCGCCCACAAUCACAUUGUCCGUGCGGUCGCGUUCCCCAAUCAACCUCACCCUCAGAUCCUUGCGACCGGUGGAAUGGAAAAGAAGCUGCGGAUAUACGACCUGUCACGCAGCGACGCGACAAGCUUCGAGAUUGGCGCUGGCGUUCAUACAGGGACCAUCAAGUCGAUAGUGUGGACGUCGGACCCUAACGUCAUAAUUACAGCAUCGGAGGACAAGAAGAUCCGGUGGUGGGAUCUGCGACAGGAGUCGACCAUUGGAGAGCACGCGGUAGAGGGUACUGUGGGUUCAUGCGAGUUGGAUAACACCUCCUCGGAUGGAAUAUUGAGCGUAGCUGCUGGAAACAGCGCCUACUUUUUCAACAGUCAACUGCCGGGCUUGCUCAUUAAGAGCGUCAAGACACCAUACGAACUCGCCAGUGUAGCACUGCACAACGGAGAGAGGAAGUUCGUUACUGGUGGUAGCAACCAGAAUGACACGUGGGUCAGAGUGUGGGACUUUGAUGAGGAGAAGGAGUUGGAGACGAACAAGGGACACCAUGGGCCUAUUUGGUCGGCGAGCUUCUCGCCCGAUGGAAAGCUCUAUGCGACGGGCAGUGAGGACGGAACGGUCAAGCUCUGGAAGUUCACGACGGGACCGUAUGGUCUGUGGAAGUAG